AGAUCUCAAAACAGCACCUAGUGUACGGAUACGUACGACCUGGGACGGCAUAGUCGAUCGAUUUUGGUUUUCCCUUGGGAGUUUUACUAUCUGGUUGUCUUAGCCAACACAUUAGAAGUUGUUUGCAACAAACUUUCGUCUGAAAGGAACCUGGUGUUUGCCCGUUGUGCGGCUUGUUAUACCUUCGUACGGCAGUUGCCAACCCCCGAGAGAUUCUCGUCCCAAGGCAAGAUCAACGCCGCUCACCUUGGCAUCUUACCUAUGAUCUGUGCCAAGGAAUUCAUCCAAUCGCUUUACACUACUGUCCCUUGACCUUACCAAGCACAUGCCAUUGGUCUCGGCAAACGCCUUCGGUUGGGCUUCACCUGUUGAUGACAUCAAGUUAGAGGGAAACUAAAAGGAAUUUCUUACUACCCAAGCCCCCUCACCCAUUUCCGUGCAACACUACAAACGACGGUGCAGCCAGACCAGACCCUCGAGUUGAUCACGAUGAACACUGCGACGGUGGGCCUGGCUGUCACCCCUACGGUGGUCUCCACGCUCUUUGCUCAUUAUUUCAAGCGUAAGCCUCUCGCUCACAAGCCAACAGCCCAUCUCUCGUACGAUGAAGGACUCCAUCUCAUCCGCUCAUUUCUUGCCUAUUCCUCGCGCCAUACCGUCGAGGAACUGCAAGCCUUCACCAGCCAGUGGGUGCCACAUCCACAAUGGGUCAGGGUCGACCAUGUCGAGGUUCCCGAGAAGGACCUUCUGCAUGCGGCCGAUCUUCUGAUUGAGCAGCUCGGACCAGAGGGCAUCCGCCAGGUCGGCGGGAAACAGUGGUGGCAGUGGCGCGUGCCCAAAAGCCCUCUCAAAGCAGAGUGGAUAGAAAUGAAGUCCGACUAUCAGGAGCGCAAGAAGAACGCUGAGCCCGGAAACCGCGUCAUGCUCUACGUUCACGGAGGCGCCUACUACUUUGGCAGCGUUGACGAGCACCGCUAUCAGAUCCAGCGAUAUGCUAGAAAGCUCAAGGCGCGGGCACUUGCACCCAAGUACCGCCUUGCGCCCCAGUUCCCUUUCCCAUGCGGCCUUCAAGACUGCCUUGCCACGUAUCUGUACCUCAUUUCGUCGCAGGACCCCAACACAAUCAUACUGGCCGGUGAUUCGGCAGGUGCUGGCAUGAUUCUGUCAAUGAUGGUCAUUCUCAGAGAUAGGGGGGUGCCGCUGCCUGCGGGAGCUGUGCUGAUUAGUCCCUGGGUCGAUCUCACCCAUUCCUUUCCCAGCGUGGCAGGAGAUUGUCCGCUCGACUACAUACCACCAUCGGGGUUCCAUCACAAGCCGUCCAUGGCGUGGCCGCCUCCUGACGAGGCAGAGCUCGAAGAGCUAAAGAAGGCUGCUCUGCAACAAAAAGAGAAAAUCGAGGGCCAAGUGGGCGGACCGGAUAAGAGUAGUGGCAUCCCGACUGUCAAAGACGUCGCCGAAAAGACCCAUCGACUGAUGUUUGACAUUGACGGUGAGCGAGUCGAAGUCAAGGAGCAGAUCCAGAUGUAUACGACCAACGAGCUUUUGGCUCACCCCUUGGUCAGCCCCAUAAUGCAACCGACGCUCGGUGGCCUACCGCCCUUGCUGAUUAUGGUUGGAGGCGGCGAAAUGCUGCGGGACGAGCAAAUCUAUCUUGCCCAUAAAUGUGCCGACCCGGCCAAGUAUCUACCGCCAGACGCGCUGAUGGACGAACAAGCCCGUGGUUUGGUCGACCGGUAUAAGCCCACAGACGUACAGCUGCAAGUGUGGGAGGACCUGUGCCAUGUUGCGCCGACGCUGAGUUUUACCAGACCAGCAAAGUACAUGUACAGGAGCGUCUCACAGUUCUCGGCUUGGGCACUGGCCAGAGCCCAGAAAACAGAGAUUGAUAUCCUUCACGACGAUGCGAUAUCUGUCAUCUCGACGUCCAGCUCGUCAAGUGAGAGCGAAGAGGUAGAAAAGAAUGGGAAGGAAAACACAUCGGACAAAGCGCAAAAGGUCAGACGCCGUAUCGAAACCUCGAUUGGCAGAGCUGGGUACCCGCUUCCACCGUUCGAGAACCACAUGAUCCGUCAACGAGUCACACGACACGGCGAUAUAUUUCCCCUAGAACCCCCCGAAGAGCUCCCGGGAUGCAGCAUGCCACGCGACCUGGUCGGCGUGGUCAAAGUCGGCACGGUCCGCAAAUGGCUCGAGCACAAGAGGCGGUGGGACGCUCGGUACAAGCAAACCAAGGCCCGCAUUCACAUGAAGCGCUUAAGGGACAUGGCGGUUGGUUACGAGGUAUUCGGAGAAGGAGAACUCCCGCCGCCGAGCGCGCUAGCCGGGCGUAGGAGGCUCGGCACAAAGGAGUUCGAGAAGGCCAAAGCUCGAAGUAUGGGCUUGUCGCUCUGGGCGCUGUGGGGAUCCAAGCACGAUCAGAUGACGGUCAAGAGAGAACAUCAGGCCGAAAAGACGCCCGAGGUUACGGCUGCUACGCCGGGCCAGGGACAAGGCGCCCGCGCCUUCUCGGACUUGGAGAAGCAGGAGCAGUCGGCGAGGCAGGAGAAUCUGCCGCCGUCGACGACUGACCGAGCCACCGGUCGUGCGUGGCGGACCAUGGUCAGAGACGAGCACCAGACUGACGGAGGAGACGCGGCGGGCGGCAAGGCGGAUUUACGGCCUGCCGGGCCCGUUGGAGAUGACGGUGGCGACACUGGGAAGCUGGCAUCGCCGGAAACGAAUGCCAAGCAGCUGCUGUCCCCGGACGACGCCAUGGUGACUGGGGUUACCGGCAAGCGGGUCAUGCUCGGGGGUUUGGCGUCGCCGUUCAGCUUGCGCAAGGAGCCAGAAACGGCCAGCAUGAUAACGCUUGCGACUCCGAUGGAUCAAAGAUCCAUCAGGCCAUCGACCGUAGAUUCAAGCAGCGCCUCUGCGGUGCUCCUGGCGAACGAGGAUUCGGAGAAUCCUGGGACGAUAGAGAGUGCCGAGCAUGACCGGAGUCGUGAUGGGGAUGAUGCAAGCCAGGGAACAGCGGCGACCCCUUUCCUGACUCCGUUUUCACUUGUUGAGAGGCCUGGCAUGGAGCGGUUCAUCACGGCCGAGGAGGUUCCGAGGGCGAGUCCCUAGCGUCUGUGCUCUGUAUGAUACCCUUGGGAUGUUGAUUCUUAUUGUGUUGGUUCAGUCACAUUGUCGGCCGGAUCUGGGACCCCAAGCAUUAAUGCAGGAUAGACGUACGAAAUAUGUAUGUGGUGUAAGCCAACUGCAUUGGAGAUUGAUUCAUGCAAAAGAAAAAUAAACAAGCAGAAGAAUAAUAAGCAAAGAUAAUGAAAAACAG